AGAACAGUUCGUAUUCGGGAGGCGUUUAGUGUAAGUGUUUGAGUCACUAUGGGGGUGCAGGAGGAGGGGUGAAAUCGACAAGCUGGUCAGAGCUGUGUGCUGAUAGACGCUGUGAGAGAGGAGAGAGAGAGAGAGGGAAUAGAGAGGGUGAAGAGAAAGCAGAGGAGAGUGCAUGACAUUUCCACUGCAUCUGGACAGAUUGAGUGAGUAUGUGUGUGUGUGCGUGCCUGAAUGCCUGAAUGAGAGAGUGUGUAAAAGAGAAAUCGAAGGAAGUUGGUGAUGGAAAGAGGAGAAUAAAAGAACUUAGUGAAUGAAUAAGUGACAGAGAGGGGAAAGGCGAGACAAAAUAAAGGAAGGGGCAGAGAGAGAGAGAGAAAGAGUAAAAGAGAAGGAGGAAAAAGAGAGGCACAAAGAAAUAGAGAGUGAGAGAAAAAAGAGAGAGCAUUAAUGGCAUGAGCUUGGCUGACACUGAAGCAACAAGUGGAAUGAAGGGAGAGAGAGAGAGAGAGGGAGAGGGAGAGAGAGAGAGAAACCAAAACAUAAUGACAGAAGUUUGAACAUUACAGUGUGGAAUGUGGUGAGAGAGAAGCAAAAGAAUACAGCAAAAGGAGAAGAAGAGAAGGACUAACACGAGAAAGAGAAGAAGAGAAGAACAAAUACACGAGAAAAAGAAGAGAAGGACUAACAUCCGAGAAAGAGAAGAGAAGGACUAACAGACAUAUCUCUGAUCUGUAAACACGCCGGUCUGUGGGCGUGUGUGUAGACUGGACUUCCUUAAGAAGGGGAUGCUGAAGUUUGUGUGUGUGCACACGUGGGUGUGUGAAGAAGCGAGCGUGGGAAUCAGGUGGUGCAGUGGGACAGCCAGGAUCACUUCUGAAUAAGCUGCACACUCACACUCCCAUUACUGCAUACACACACACGCGUGCGCGGGCGCUCUUGCAAGCAGACGGAUGCAGCUGAAAGCUCCUAGCAGCGCUGAGGACACAAAGAUGGAUCCUGUUCAGAAGGCAGUGAUCAACCACACCUUCGGAGUCCCAUUGGUGAAGACCAAGCGGCCCAUCAUCUCCUGCAACGUCUGUCAGAUUCGAUUCAACUCGGAGAGUCAGGCAGAGGCCCAUUACAAGGGGAACCGCCAUGCCAGGAGAGUCAAAGGCAUUGAAACCUCCAAGACUCGUCCACAGGAAAGUGACAAGCCUCCCCCUGGGCCCACCUCCUCCCCCUCGCCCCCAGGUGCCCAGCAGGCCAGCACUGAUACUGACUCCAGCAAAGCAGAUGAGACGCAGGCUGGCCCUCAGUUGAACCGGCCUGCUUCGGCCCAGGGCCCUGUGCCUGCAUCAACUUCUCCCACUCCAGACUCCCCUGGCCCCUCUGCUGGAGCCCUCAUGCCAAGCCCUUCCACCCCUCUGCCCCCGCCUGCUAGCAACUCCUCCCCUGGCUGUGGCUCCACCAACCCGGAACAGACAGGCUCCGGAGCCCCAGCAGCAACCACGGCCUCCUCCGGCAACCCCGAAACAGAGGAGGACAAAGCCAAGAAGCUGUUGUACUGCUCACUGUGCAAAGUGGCCGUCAACUCUCUCUCCCAGCUGGAGGCUCACAAUAAAGGCACCAAACACAAAACCAUUCUGGAGGCCCGGAGCGGGCUGGGCCCCAUUAAGGCAUACCCCCGUCUGGGCCCCAAGCCCAGUGGAGAGCAGGGAGGUGGGGCGACGGACCCCAACACUCAGGAACGCACCUUCCACUGUGAGAUCUGCAAUGUGCGGGUCAAUUCGGAACUGCAGCUCAAACAGCACAUAUCAAGUCGAAGGCACCGGGACGGAGUGGCAGGGAAGCCCAAUCCACUCCUGAGCCGACACAAAAAGCACAGGGGAGCAGACCUCACGGAUCUCACCAAAGCGCUGGGCGCUGGUCUCCUGCCCAGUCCUCUGGCUGUCGCCGCGGCAAUGGCGGCAGCCGCUUCCUCUAAUCCACUGGCUCUCCGCGCUGCAGCUCCUGCCCCCCACCCGCAUCAUCAUCUCCUGCAGGGCCCGCCCCUCAGCCAUGCUAUCCUGAGACCGGCUCCCGGGCCCAUCCGCACCUCACACGGGCCAAUCCUCUUCUCCCCCUACUGACACCCCACCCCCCUCCUCCACCUACAGCCAGUCAGGAGCAGCACCUCCAAAAGCACACUGUGAAGAAAUCAAGAAAAAUAUAAUAUUAAAAAAUAAUAGUAAACCACAGAGUUAACUCAUCCAUCUACUACUCAACCCUAAAAACAAGCUAUAGAGAGAGGAAAAUAAGAGAAGAGAGAAGGGAAAAGAAGACCUGACAGGAGUUCGAUCCCUCUUCUGUCCCCUUACCCUGCCCCUCCACCUUUGGAGGGAACUGACUGAGUGACUAGAAGAUGAAUUUGCGAAUGGUGAGACAGUAAAUAGUUCUUACUUCAGCUCUGCUCAACUUUCCUUCUCUUCACACAUACACUGUGAGACAGAAGCAGUCAUGUAGGAACUGAUGAUUUGUGUAAGUUCAUACAGACUUAUAGCAUACGCGUACAUAAAGACUACUGCAAACUCUUUGCAUAUUGUACUGUGGGCCACAGUACAUGUAGGAUUCCCAACAUUUCAUUCUGGUUCAGUGUGUUCUCAACCCUAUGCACCUUGAAGAAAAAUCAUUAAAAAAAAACCCAUUCUGUUAGUAGGAUAGCUGCUUCAAGUGGUUUCUGCUUUAAUCAGCUCGUGCUCUAUGAAGCUCUGGGCUCUGGGAUAUUGUUAGCAUGUCAGUAUCUUUCCAGCGUGGAGACAUUUCUUCUGCGUAGUGCCCUCGCAUCCAUCUCUGAGAGGCACUUUGGUGAUCAGCGGUGUACUGGGCCAUGGCAGGAUGCAGGAGAAGAAGGCACUGGAUCAGAUGAGAGGGAUCUCACUGCUGGCACAAAGCUGGAUGGUGGAAACAUCUACUUAGAGCAUGAAGUUCUACCAUAAUUCUGAUUCAGAACAGACAGUGAUCUCAAAAAAAAAAAAAUCUGUCAACCUUCAUCCCAAUCAAUCCCUCUCUCCAGAGGUGGAAGGUGCAGAGAAGACUGCUCCAUAUUUCUGUUGUCUAUCACUCUAUGCUGGGGUGAUGGUCUGUUGGAUGAAAUCAAUCCUGCACAUCUACCUUUAUGGUUCCCAAAGGAAGACCAGUAGAUAUCUAUUUAUUCUAUCGUGUAGUGUAGUUCAGAACUUCCGAGCUGGUUGAUAUCAGUAGCAACUCAUAACGGAAAUAUGUUACCUAGAAGAUGGCGUAGCUGUUAGUAGACUCGCAGUGGCAUUGGACUGGGUGGUGGGUUUCUGAGUGAAAUAGGCAACACAAGCACAUGUUUGGACUCUCACAGGCACCUCUGGCCAUCUUCUCUCUCUCUCUCCCCCCACAUUUAUGAGCGUGAAACGAUUAUGCAACCUUAACAAACAAACAAACAAACAAAAAA